AAUUUAACAAACCUGCCCCGGAAGUUGUUCGUGCUCGUGCCACGUCAGAGCUAAGCCAGUUAUAAUCCCUGCAAUAGUGUCUCUGCAGUUUCCAGCUAUUCAUUUUUAUGCUUUCACAAUGCUGUGCCUGGCACUGAGCUGUCUGCUGCUGCAUGUGUUUGUGGUGCUCGGGACUGAGCUCACAUUUGAGCUGCCUGACAACGAUAAGCAGUGUUUCUACGAGGAGCUAGAGAAAGACGUGAAGUUUGACAUAGACUUCCAGGUCAUUUCUGGAGGCAACUAUGAUGUGGACUGCUUUGUCACAGAUCCUCUAAACAAUGUCUUGUAUAAUGAGAAGAAGAAGCAGUACGACAGCUUCUCUCACACCACAGCCAUGAAGGGCGUCUACAAGGUCUGCUUUAGCAACGAGUUCUCCACUUUUACACACAAAACGGUGUACCUGGAGUUCCGCUAUGGAGAUGAGGAACCUCUCCUGCAGAGCAUGACUGGUGUUCGAGCACUGACACAGUUGGAGUCAUCUUGCGUCUCCAUUCACGAGAUCCUGAAGGUGGUGGCUGAUUCGCAGACAUGGUACCGACUGAGAGAGGCGCAUGACCGCACAAAAGCAGAGCAUCUCCUCGAGCGGGUGACCUACUGGUCCAUCGGUGAAACGGUCAUGUUGUUUGUCAUCGGCAUCGGUCAAGUCAUGUUGCUCAGGAGCUUCUUCACGGAGAAGAAAGGCUCUGUGGCAGCCACUACUUAGAACUCUUGAUAUGCCCUCAGAAACAGGUGGACACAUAAGUGCAUCUGCAGACCAGCAUGCAUCUUAGUGUUUUCAGCAAACACUUUGUUAGAGGGAUAGUUCGAAUAAUUCUUCUUUUUUCCUGCUUACCCAGUGUCAGAUAAACGUGUGAAUGUCUCUCUUUUUUUUUUUUAAAUGUCUGUAUUGAUUUGUUCUGGACAAGCUAUACUGAAAAGAAACUUGUACUUGUGUUGGAAAUGAGAUUGACACCUUUCAACCUUGCACAGAUUAUUUAUUACGUUUUAUAGAAGUAGGGCUAAAAGACAAAGCAGGUUUAGUUGGAUCUUUCUGUUAAUAACCCAGAUUGCCUUACAGUAGGACCAUUGUGGAUUUUCAUCUGGGUACCCAGCAAGUAAAUAGUGGCACACUGAUAGAAACCAAAGAAGUGUUGUUUCUGAAUGUUAGUCUUGUUUGUUUUAUAGUGUGUGUGUGUGUGUGUGUGUGUGUGUGUGUGUGUGUGUUAUGUUUGGUAUUACCUUUUAAUUUAAGUGCAAAAUGUUGUUAUGAGUUGUAAGAGCUCUGUCUCAGUCAUGUCCUUGUGUGUCUCAUACAAAGUGCCUUAAGAAAUCCUUUUAUUUUUUUCAUUUCCUACAAAGUUUAAAGCUUACGUUUCAAUUUGUCUGUUAUGUGCCAUCUUGUUGUUGUUGUUACUGAUUCAUUGGAUACUCCCUUCUCAUUAUGUUUUACAUUUGGAUGUGCUUACAAGUCUGUUAUUUCAUAAAGAGAUACAUUUAAUGGA